UUUAUUUUUUUAACUCUAUCCACUCUACACCCGCCAAACCACCCGACUUAGAAAACCCCCAAUUUCUCACACCCUCUCCACUUCCAGAUUACCACACUCCCUUCCGACCACCAUGGAUCCGACUCCGAACGCUUCGCCGGUCAACGCUCCGAACGAGGACUUCGACCCGGAGCUCCGACCCGGCGGGAUGUGCGUCCAGCGCCGCGACUAUGACGACGACUCCGCCGCCCGUGGGCCCAACAUCACGAUCCGCGUCUAUCACGGCUCGGCCCACCACGUCAUCAACCUCCCGGCCCACUCCACUUUCGGGGAAUUGAAGGGACUUGUUUCAGAGAAGACCGGGGUGAAGCCGGAGGAGCAGAAGCUGUUGUUCAGGGGGAAAGAGAAGGAGGAUGAGGAGCAUUUAGACGCGGCCGGUGUGAGGGAUAAUUCCAGGGUUAUGCUCUUGCAGGAACCGAAAAGGAAAGAGAGGAACGUUGGGGAGGUGAAUGAGAGCAAUGAGAUGUUGAGUGAUGCAGCAGAGGCAAAGGCAUUUGAAGCAAUUGCUGGAGUCAGAGCCGAGGUUGACAGCCUCGCAGAGGGGGUUUCUGCUUUGGGUGUGGUUGUCAAUGGUGGAACCAAGGUUUCCGAUAAGGAUUUUGCUGUGUCGACAGAGUUGCUCAUGAGGCAGUUGCUGAAACUGGAUGGCAUCAAAGCGGAAGGAGAAGCUAGGAUGAAGCGGAAGGCUGAGGUACGUCGUGUCCAGAACCUUGUGGAUACACUGGACACUCUAAAGGCGAAGAACUCCUAUCCGAUGAACAACAAUAGCAAUGGUGUGACUCCUCAGAACAGCAACGGUGUCACUUCACAAAAUGGCAAUGCUGUCUCCGUAACAACCAAAUGGGAGACCUUUGACUCCGGCAUGGGUAGCCUGAGUGCCCCAACCCCAAUGCCAUCUUCCACAGAAGUAACUGAGGACUGGGAGAAGUUUGAUUAGUGGAAAGUUCAACUUAUCUGGUUACAAAUUCAUCAUGGAACAUAGAAUAUCUGGUAAAAAUAGCUAUUUUUCGGCACUGGCGCCUCACUUUCUUAGUUCUAGUUUUACUGUAUAACAGACUGAUGACCGUAUAGGAGCAUCGGCAUAAGAAUGGAUGAUAAUGGUACAUCUUGGAUUUGUAUUGGGCCUGCUAAGCUGCUCAUGAUCUUUUUCAUAAACUGAAGACCGUAUGGAUUUGUAUUGUCAUUCCAUAAUCUUCCAUUUUUGAAA